UUCUCUUUGAUGUCUGGCUUACUACAAGACAGCUGGGUCUCAGAUCUGCAUUCAGUUUGCAAUGUCACAUGUCUUGUAGACUUUAGAAAACUCCACUGUAUCCUCAUGAGAGAAUAAGAGUGAAAAAGGCAAAUUCGUGUCUUAGAAUUAUGAAAACAGUUUUAACGCUUGCAGGGGUCCCAGGACCACGCUUUGAGAACCGUUGUUUUAGAGGAGUUUUAUAGGCAUUAGAAUAAAUGUGUCAGGCACAUAGUAGGUGCUCAAUAAAUGACGGUUGUUAUCACUGUGGGUAGUUCAGGGAAAGAGAUUUCGUCCUUAGAGUGUACCAGGAAGAAUAAAGCAGAGCCCAGAACAAGGUGAGGUGGGGUAAGGUGCUAGGCAAGUAUCAGAACAGGAAAUCUGAAACAGGGACAGAGGCUGAAACCAUGGUGUAUGAACCCUGGCCUGUGAGCUCUGUUAUCUGAACAGGCAUCCGGUGAGGUAAGGGGAACAGCUCAAGAGUAGGAGAAUCCUUGGUCAGCCCCAGUCCCCAUGACCCAGUUUGAAUAAACAGGAAAAGCAGCUCAAUAUGAAACCCUGUGGUGGAGAGAAGCUGAGGUAGGACCACCUAGGAACUCAGGAGAGGGAGCUACUGAGCAUUUAGACCAUGAGAAAGGCUGACUAGGGAAAACUGAGUCUGGGACUCCCUCAGUCAGAGCUCUGUGCUAGGUGCUGGAGGGGAGGAGGUUCCGGUGUUGCCUUUAGGCAGAAUACCUUCCCAUGGGGUAUGGACCUGAGAUAUCCUGGGGAGCACAGUGAGAAGCCUGGUAGGGUGAGGUGGAUCAGAAGUAAACUGAGGCUUGUUCGGCUGAAGCAGCCAGUGUGUAGAGGUAGGUUUUGGAGCGGGAGGGGAAAAUCUAGAGAGGGCAUAUUUUGCCGGAGGUGUGUUCUGCUAGGGGCCGCCACUGUGGUGUGCUGGGGUGGACAGAGAAUGCCAGGUAGGGGACCUGGGGAGUGAGGGAAAGGUUCUGGGGAGUUAGGAUUAGUCCAAGGAGGCUGGGGAAAGGAAAGGUCAGGGUUCAGGUAGAGAGCCAGAUUUGACAGCCCACUCCCAUUAAGCCAGUAGUUACUUAUUGAGCACCUACUUGUGUCGGGGCUGGGGGUGCACAAGCAAAUCUGACAUUGUCUCUGCCCCUUGAGGUACAGGAACACAAGUAUUUGGCUACAUAAUGGGAAAAAUAUGUGUAAAGUGCAGUGGGUUACAUAGGAGAUGUUUAGAGACCAAAUAUUGAAAGCCACAAUGGGGAAUGGGAAAUUUUCAGUUAUCUGAGAGGUUCAGUUACGCAGUCACUAGCAUCAGCUAGCUCCCACCCUGUAGAGCAAGGAAGGAGCUAUCCAUUGUGGGGCAAAGAACUGAACUGAGGACCUCCAAGGUCUUGGAUCUCUCUCCCUUUUCUGGGGAAGGGGAGGCUAUUAAGUAAGAGGAGAGAAUGGGCCUAGCCCUUGUCCCUGAUUUGUUUCAGUCCUUAACCCAAAACCUUUCCCUCCUCCCAGUUUGGCAACAAUCCCUUCUCUUCCCUGGCCGGGAACUCCGACAGCUCAUCCUCCCAGCCUCUGCGGACUGAGAAUCGAGAGCCCCUCCCUAACCCCUGGAGCCCCUCGCCCCCCACCUCCCAGGCCCCCGGGUCCGGUGGGGAGGGCACCGGAGGAUCGGGGACCAGCCAGGUGCACCCGACAGUCUCGAACCCCUUUGGGAUCAAUGCGGCUAGCCUGGGGUCAGGGAUGUUCAAUAGCCCAGAAAUGCAAGCCCUCCUCCAGCAGAUCUCUGAAAACCCCCAGCUGAUGCAGAAUGUGAUCUCAGCACCCUACAUGCGCAGCAUGAUGCAGACGCUUGCCCAGAACCCCGACUUUGCUGCUCAGAUGAUGGUGAAUGUGCCGCUCUUCGCGGGGAACCCCCAACUGCAGGAGCAGCUCCGCCUGCAGCUCCCAGUCUUCCUGCAGCAGAUGCAGAACCCAGAGUCACUCUCCAUCCUUACCAAUCCCCGAGCCAUGCAGGCGUUGCUGCAGAUCCAGCAGGGACUACAGACCUUGCAGACCGAGGCCCCUGGGCUGGUACCCAGCCUUGGCUCCUUUGGGAUGUCCCGGAUCCCAGCACCCUCAGUAGGCAGCAAUGCUGGGUCUACGCCCGAGGCCCCCACUUCCUCGCCAGCCACGCCAGCCACAUCUUCUCCAACAGGGGCUUCCAGUGCCCAGCAGCAGCUCAUGCAGCAGAUGAUCCAGCUUUUGGCUGGAAGUGGAAACUCACAGGUACAUGAGGCAGUGGGGGCAGGUGCUGGGAGCACCACUUUGAUCCUGGGAGGUUUCAAGGGAAGCAAUAGAAUGGAGGCAGUAGGGCAAGCUUGGGAGUCAGGUCGUGUUCUGCCACUUACUAGCCAUGGGCAGGUUACUGAUCCUCCCUGAGUUCAGUUUGUGCAGAUGUGAAAUAGAGAUGAGAAGAGUAAUGGUACUUACAUGCACUACGUACUGUUCUAAAUGCUUUAGAUUUCGGAGCUCAUUUACGACUCAUUUACCGCAUUCCUCACAACAGCUUCAUGAGAAAGAUAUUAUUAUUAUUUCUGUGUUAAAGAUGGGGAAAACUAAGGCCCAGAAAGGUUAAAUGGUUUACUCACUUACUUAGCUAGUAGAUAAUGAAGCCAAGACUCAAACCCAGGCAUUCCACCUCCAGAAUUUGCACUAUACCAUUUCCACUUAUAUCAAAGGAUCCUUUUGCUAAUUAAAGCAGCCCCCAUCUCCGAGACUCUGGGGAGGGGGAUUCUGCGAGGUGAGGUAACCAAAGCCCUGGGAAAGUCAAGGCCAGGGGCUGGCAGGAGGGGCAGGGAUGACCUACCUUGAGUGAGCCUCUUAACCUUUCUCUGACCUCUGUGAUUCAUCUGGAAAAGCCAUUCAACCAAAAUGUAUGUUUAUAUAGCUUUGUGCAAGGCACAAGAGAGCUAGACUAGGUGAUAUCCAGUCCAGGUGCAA